CUGCAGUGUAACGUCAAGUCCUCGACCCAGUUUCAAUCCCGCGUCUUGUCUGGAGAACGUCGAACUUCAUUUUUGUCGACGGCGUUCGAUCCCACGUGCAAUUGCAAUGCUGUCAUCGAGGCCGUUUGUUCCAAUUGACCUUUGAGGGUAGUAUAGAUGCUGAAUCGGGCGUCUAUCAUCAUCGGCAGCAGCUGGUCAAGAUCGACAUCUGCUGCGUUUCAUACGCGCGAAACGACACGCUCCUGAAUUACACACCACAGGGCGACGACGCUGCCCGUCAUGCCGUCCCAAAGGCGCUUGCGCGUUCUUGUAUACCUCGUCUUCGCAGGGUUUGUCACCCUGCUCUUCUUCACCUCGAAGGCCCGCCACUCUCGGGAUGUCGACAGGCAUUCGUUGAACGAUUUCUUCUCCAAGACCAAGAACGCCAUGGAUAAGCAGCACCCGGGGGAGAAGGUCAUGGCCGGACACGAUGUCGACCCGGACGGAGAUAUCGAUAAAGAUGACGACAUCCUCGCCAAGCAGAUGGCGGACCGACUGCGACAGGCCGAGCAGAAGGCCAAGGACAGCGCAGAAGCCAAAGGCCCCAACAAGCCGGACGUGCCGGAAAAGGUGAUUGGAGUAGGGAGCUCGGCGAGUGGGCAGCAGAAACGCCCGCCCAAAGCAGUGGAGGCGGGAACGGAGGAGGAGACGACGGAGGACCAUGAGGUAGAAGCGGAACUGAAUUCCAUACUGAAGAAAUCUCCAGUCAUUAUCUUCUCCAAGUCCUAUUGCCCCUACUCCAAGCGGGCCAAGGGCAUCCUGCUCGAGAAGUAUGUCAUCGAACCGGCACCCUACGUGGUCGAGCUGGACUUGCAUCCGCUGGGGCCUAAGAUCCAGGCCAAGCUGGGCGAAAUGACGGGCAGAAAGACGGUGCCCAACAUCAUGGUCUACGGGAAGAGCAUCGGCGGUGGGGACGACAUCGCGGAUCUGGAUAGGAAAAAGGCCCUCGCCGACAAAAUCACGUCCCUCGGGGGCAGCCGCAUCGACGUGGCCGAGCGCUUCGUGGAGAGUGCGCAAAAGGCAGGGUAGGGGACCCACCUAGUCUCCGCGACGCCAACUUUGGUCAUUCUCAUUCCUGCAUGUGCGCUUAGCAG